AUGCCAGGGAUGUGGGCAGUCGACAGUGGUGCGACGCAUCACAUCUGCAACGACAAGGCCAAGUUUGCAAGCCUGAAUGAGCGAGAGGAAGGUGAACUAUCAGUGGCUGAUGGCAGCAAGGCUGCGAUCAAGGGUGUGGGAACCAUCAUGGAACGGGUGGUUCUGCCCAAUGGUGACGAACGCGACAUCGAGAUCAAGGACGCGCUGUUCGUACCAAGCGUGAGCAAGAAUCUGCUUUCGGUGCCACAGAUCAACAAGGUUGGCAGGUUCCAAGUCGUGUUCGAUGGAUCCAAGAUGCAAGUGAAGCGCAAGAAUUCCACACAAGUCGUGGCAACAGCGGAUCUCGUCGAUGGACUUUACUGGCUGCGGACUCCUUAA